AUGAAUUCCAUUCGUUUAACGACAUUAAUUAUUGUUUUACUCUGCGCUAUUGACAAUAUUCAAGGAAAGCCAAUUAGUCCGUCAUUGAACCAUUUCGGCGAUAAUGUUAAAUAUUUAUUGAAGCUUCUUGGCGUUGAAAAUGAAUAUUUAAAAUUUUUAUCCUAUAUGAAACUCUACCCACCAGCAGAUGAUAAAAUGAAUGGUCUCUACAAUGAUUUAUUUUCAUUUGAUUCAUUUAUAUCUGAUCUUACAGAAGUUUAUACCAAACAUUAUACACCAGACGAUAUUAAUCAACUUAUUAGUUUUUAUUCCAGUCCAUUGGGUAGAAAGGCUAAUCAAGUAACACAUUUGCUAGACAAAGAAAUGGAAGACGUAAUGUUAAAUAAAAUCAGUGAUUAUAUUUUUACAUUAUCAGAAAAUGGCUUCGACAUAACUCUACCACAAGUUCCACAUUAA